AUGAACAUGCUCAUUAUUGUUUCUCAGUACUUUGCUUUCUGAGUGUGGAAAUUAGAGAUAAAUGGCGAAAUUGCCGGAGCAAGAGCAUCCCAAGAAGGCCUUUGGAUGGGCAGCCAGGGAUUCUUUGGGAGUCCUUUCGCCCUUCAAAUUCUCCAGAAGAGCAACCGGAGAGGAAGACGUUACGUUCAGAGUUCUUUAUUGCGGGGUGUGCCACUCGGACCUUCACAUGAACAAGAACGAAUGGGGCACGUCCAUCUACCCACUUGUCCCUGGGCACGAAAUGGUUGGAGAAGUGACAGAAGUAGGGAGCAAGGUGAAAAAAGUUAAAGUAGGAGACAAAGUGGGUGUGGGCUACGUGAUCGGUGCAUGCCAUUCCUGCGAGAAUUGUAACAACGACCUUGAAGUUUAUUGUCCCGACAUGAUCCUUACCUACAGUGCCGUUUACUACGACGGAACAGUCACAUAUGGAGGCUACUCAGACACAAUGGUAGCCAAUGAGCGCUACAUCAUUAGCUUCCCCGAAAACAUCCCACUUCACGCCAGCGCUCCACUACUUUGCGCCGGGAUCACAGUUUACAGUCCCCUGAAAUAUUAUGGUUUAGCCGAGCCGGGUAAGCAUGUUGGAGUUGUCGGCCUAGGUGGGCUUGGCCAUCUAGCCGUUAAAUUUGCAAAGGCUUUUGGAGUGAAAGUGACGGUAAUUAGCACCUCCAUUAGCAAAAAGGAUGAAGCUUUGGAACAUCUCGGUGCUGACUCAUUUUUGCUUAGCCAUGACCAAGAACAAGUUCAGGCAGCCAAGAAUACAAUGGAUGGUAUCAUUGAUACCGUAUCUGCUAUGCACCCCAUUUUGCCAUUAAUUGAUCUUUUGAAAACUCAUGGGAAGCUUGUUUUGCUGGGGGCACCAGAAAAGCCGCUUGAGCUACCCGUCUUUCCUCUGCUUGUAGGUAGGAAGAUGGUUGCCGGAAGUGCCACUGGAGGAAUGAAGGAGAUACAAGAAAUGGUAGAUUUUGCAGCAAAACAUAACAUCACGGCAGACACAGAGGUUAUUCCAAUGGAGUACGUGAACACGGCGAUGGAGCGCCUUGCUAAGGGUGAUGUCAGAUACCGAUUUGUCAUCGACGUUGGAAACACCUUGGCCGCUACCAUGCCUGAGGAGUAGCUUGGUUUCUUAAUUUUGUUGUACUGUUCCAAUAAAUUUGUUUAAUUGCUGUCUCCACUGGAGCCUUCUUUUUAUAAUAUAAUGCAUAUUUAAUAAAACAUAUAUGGACGGCCUUUUAUA